UUUCUAACAAUUUAAAUAUUGUUUGUUUAAUUUUAGGUACAAAGUUGCACAAUGAGAUGUCUGUACAGAGCCUAUAAAAAUUAUCGAACCCCACAUUUUCGCGUUCUAAGACCUCAAGUUUAGAGCUGAGCAGCCAGGAAGUCCAGCAGUGUACAAGAAAACGUAGAACAUGGUUGCCUGGUAACACUUCUAUAGAACUCUGGAGAGAUGUUCAGUGAAAAGUUGGGCGGAAAUUAGCUGCAAGUACAACACGUUGAAGAGAAAGGUUAUGCUUGACGUCAUUAUAAUAGCUAGAUCGGAAGUAGGCAGACCACUUGAAGACUUACUAGAAGUACCAGAAAUAGAAAUGGAUUGUCCAAGACGCCUUGUAGUUCAGAACAACAACAACAAUACUUUUUCACGAGUUCUGUCGAUAGAGAUGGCCAAGGAAGACGCAAUGUUGUAAAGUGGCUAAUUAAGAAUAACUGAAGACAUCUUCACCAUUCGGGAUACUUGUCAUCAUGGCGGAACAAAGCUUCCCUGAAAUUAACGCAAAGACUCCCAUGCUACAUGACUCAACAAAUGUGAUCCGCAUGACUGAGCCAUCUAAUAGUUGUGGUAAAAAGUUUUUGGAAUGGAUCAAGACGAACUUACUAUUAGUUUUAACGAUACUUGGUGUAUUUUUGGGCGUUUUGCUUGGUUUUCUGGCAAGAUUCGGUAAUUAUGGAGAAGAAGCGAUCAUGCUGGUUUCCUUUCCUGGUGAUAUUCUGAUGAGGAUGUUAAAGAUGUUGAUUUUGCCGCUAAUAAUUUCUUCCAUGAUAUCAGGACUUGCUCAGCUAGAUGCUAAGUCAAGUGGACGGAUGGGCUCUAGGGCUUUGGUUUACUAUUUUGCUACAACCAUGCUAGCUGCUGUGCUUGGAAUUACUCUAGUUUCAGCAAUUCACCCUGGUGAUCCGUCUAUCAAAGAAGGGGUUGAAACAGAUUCCGAAGAUAAGAAUGUCUAUACCCUGGACGCUUUCUUGGACCUCAUAAGAAACAUGUUUCCCGAGAAUCUUCUUCAGGCCUGUUUCCAACAAGUUGAAACAACAUACACUAAAGUGAAAGCCAAACCAAGCAUUGGCCGAACUGGAACGAACUUGACCAACCAGACAGAGUUUGAAAACGUCACACAGUACAUCCAGAAGAGAGGUUUCGUUUACAAAGAUGGGACUAAUGUACUUGGAUUAAUCAUAUUUUGCAUCGCUUUCGGUGUCAUCUGUAGUCAACUUGGUGAAGAAGGCGAAAUGAUGGUGAAUUUUUUCGUAAUUUUAAACGACAUAAUAAUGAAGAUUGUCGUCCUGGUAAUGUGGUACUCACCAUUCGGUAUAAUGUCCCUGAUAAUCGGAAAAAUAAUGGAUAUAAAAGAUUUAGCUCGAACCGCGCAACAGCUGGGAUUGUACAUGUUGACUGUAAUCACUGGCCUCAUCAUUCAUGCUGGACUUACUCUACCGCUUCUCUACUUUGCCAUCACCAGAAAGAACCCCUUGACUUUCGUGAAGGGGAUGCUACAGGCGUGGAUCACUGCUCUAGGAACUGCCUCAAGCGCUGCUACUCUGCCAGUCACUUUUCGAUGCCUGGAAGAAAAUAAUCACAUUGACAAACGAGUCACGCGGUUUGUACUACCAGUGGGCGCCACGGUCAAUAUGGACGGUACAGCUCUAUACGAGGCAGUAGCAGCAAUAUUUAUAGCUCAGAUGAAUGGAAUAGAAUUGGCAGCUGGACAAGUCAUUGCAGUAAGUUUGACGGCUACAGCCGCCAGCAUAGGAGCAGCAAGUGUCCCAAGUGCUGGUCUGGUGACCAUGCUGUUGGUGUUGUCAGCUGUUGGAUUGCCAACUAAAGAUAUAACCAUGAUUGUCGCUGUUGACUGGUUACUAGACCGCCUCCGAACUUCCAUCAAUGUUCUUGGAGAUGCCUUUGGUGCCGGAAUAGUCCAUCAUCUAUCCAAAGCUGAGUUGGACAAAAUCGAUGCUGAACACGCUCGGAUAGAAAUGGAAAUGGCAGAGAGAAGGUUAUCUGGUACCGCUAGGAGGAGUAUCGUUCGCCACAGAAGUUUGGAGAAAGCUAACAGCAAAACGGAUAAUCCAGGUGGCAGCACAAGCGAAUGUGUAGAGAACAAUGAAACUCAGAUUUAAAGAUGUUAAAUGAGAAAUAAUAUUAUCCAACAAUUUAAACUAUCAAGAAAGAAAUUAGUUUUUAAAUUAGCUAAGUAUGAAAUUUUGAGCGUCCUCACUCCCAUGCAUUAAAACUUUCCAAUAGA